AUGUAUCGACCCGCAGCCUUCGUCCUCCGGGGCCUCCUGUUCCUAACCUCCCUCACCAUCCUCGCCCUCGCUGUCACCCUCAUCAAGGGCCAAGUCCUCGACACUUCCCCCGUCACAACCCGCUACACCACCUUCACCGGCGGUUUCGGCAUGAUCACCUCCGGCCUCGGCCUCCUCCUGCUCUCCCUCCCCUCCCUCGAAACCUCCCUCCCACAGCUGGUACCCAUCGCCCUCGACACGCUCACAUCCCUCUUCUUCGCCGCGGGGGGUAUCGCCUGGGCCGUCGGCCUGCGCGGCGUUGACGGGUGCUCCAACUACCCCAACAUGCUGUUCAACCCGCUGCUGAACCAGGGUAGUGUGGACCUGGGCAAUGGGAAGACUGCGUACGGAGUGAUUGGGGAUGGGGAUGAUGACGGGGCAAUCAUGGGCAAGUUGAAGGGGAACUGCCAGCGGGCGCAGGCAGACGAGGUGCUGCAGUUUAUUUGCUUUGGGUUUGCGCUGUCGUUGGUGAUUGAUGCCGUGCUUGUUAUGAGGAGGGGCGGUCGUGGUGGUGUGGCGGGUGCGUAUGUUGCUUAA